UUUACACAGCAACUACGUCUUCAUCCUGGUCGCUGUGAUAGCAAACGAUCACAUGAGGAAGCUUAUGAAGACCAAAGUAAAUCCGAGGAAGAUAUUGAAGGAGAUGAUACAGUCGCAGAAGUUGAGGACGAUGAAGAUUACAAUACGAGAUAUUACAAAGACCUAUCUUUGAAAGGUGAUGGUAGAUCACCUGACUGGAGGUUUGAAAGCCGUGAAAUGCAGUACAUGGCCAACCAAGAUCAACUAGCUCACCUCGUCGAAUUACAUGAACAGCUGCAACGUCGCAUUCGGCAAUUGCAAUUGCAUCAAACAUCACAGCAGCAUCAGCAGCACUUAUCGCAUUCUGGUGACAGAUUGCAUGAUGAUCCUCUAUUUUGCUCUGGCAAUUCGGACACCUAUGCGGCUUCAACAACCUCUGGAUUGGUUGAAUUACAACACAGCUUGUCAGCUCUACAAGCGGAUAUUCAGCGCCUUAGUCUACAACAACACCAGAUGAUACUAGCCGCAAGCAGCUCAACUACUGCCCUGACAGCUGCCAUACAGACACAUGUGGCCAAAGGUGUCACAUCUGCUGUCCGUAAACAUUAUAAGCAACCUCCUCCACACCUUUCUCGGCCAAACCCUAAUCAGCAGAUGCAUCCUAGCCAGCUUCAGAAGAUGUCUCAGACGAGCAGGCAAGAAGUCGCCAAUACUGGGGCCAAUGGCGAGAACCCUCAACAGUCACUAAUCUUAUCGAAUAACCAAAUUGGCACGCCAACGAAUCCUUUAAGCCGGGCUACCUGGAUCGACAGACCUCAGUUAUAUGACCUCCCUAUAUGGCGUUCCUAUGAUUCUGCUGAUGGUGAAGAUGACGAUGAGGCAGAAAAGAUUAAUGCUGUAGUUGCGAAGGGUAAAAUGUUAGGUUCUAUAGCUAACGAUGACUCGUCUGAGUCUGCUUGGGUUCAGAGUGAGAAGGAUGACUGGUCACGAUCUGGGCCUCCCCGGCAUCGUCGCAUGCCAGAGGUAAUUUCGAGUGUUACAGCCAAUAAGGAGGGUGUUGAGUACGAGGAAGAUGAGGUUGAAGAAGAGGGCGACGAAGCUGAAGGGAGUGAGGAAGCUGAAGCAGGUGAUGAGAAAUCAGGUCGAUUAAAGCAUCGGGUCGAGGAGCCUCCUACACGCAGACCAAUAACCUCCCCAGCAGUGAACUCAACCUCUCCACCUGACCAAAGUGGAAUGACGAUCUCUGUAAAUACAUAA